AAGAUUCUUUUCCCUUCACAUCCCGCCGCAAACUCUCAGACAAUCAGGUCAAGUCAGACGACAGGGUUAGGCAGAUUUCCUAACAUCCUUCACUCUUCUCUUCUACCUGACUCAUUAGAGGGCUUAUUUACUCUCGUCCUUCAUUUACCUUUUAGAUAUACCGAUCAUCCCACCACUGUUCACCACGUCAUUCCCGGUCGCACAACCACGAAUUCCGAUUUCUUUUUGCGACGACGAUUUUUUUUUUCUUCUGUUAGCACCCGAGCAGCUUCGUUUACCGUGACUUCGUAUUCGAUUAUUUUACAGAGAAAAUCAACACCAUGGCAGACCUUAACUCUUGGGAAGACGACCCUGCCGCUCAGGACGACAACCUGUCGAGACAGACUCAGCAGAUGAACCUGAACAACCAGCCUCAAAACCCUGCAGCCGCAUCAUUCCGACCUGGCGCUGCCUCCUUCCAACCAACCGCCCAGACCUUCCAGCCAGGUCAAGGUUACGGCGGUGGUUAUAUGCCAAAUUACCAACAAGGCUACUAUGGAGGCCAGAACUACUACCCCCAGUAUGGCGGAGGCCAAGGCGGCUUUCCGCAGUAUGGUCAAGGACAGGGUCAAGGCCAGGGCUAUGGAAAUAUCUAUGGACAAGGUGGAUACAAUCAGGGUUAUGGUCAACAACAACAAUAUUAUCAGCAGCAACCCCAAUCCCAACAGAAGCCCAAGCAACAAGCCCAGCAGCCUCAGACAGUGCCUACCAUUGCUAAGCGAGGCGACCAGACCGCAUCACCUGCUGCUGCUCCCGCCGCCCCUACCGCUAGCGCGCCAAAGCCUGUCGCUAAACAAGAGGGAGGAACCAAGGUCUUAAGCAUAGGCGGAGACCCUCCGAAGCCUAAGGCUGCUAAGGUCCUUUCUAUCGGUGUCCCUACACCCCCGAAAGAGGAGCCCAAAGCCGAGAAGGAGGCAUCCGCAGAUGCUGGCUCUAAGGUAACGGCAAAUAAGGCCAUUGAGAAAACCGGCGAGAACACAAAAUCGUCCAAGACCUCAAGUGGAAAGACCUCUCCUACACCUUCCUCUGGACGUUCGAGUCCUUCAAGAAGUAGCAAGGCAGCAGCAGUCCGCGAUGCCGACGCCGUUGCAAAUGAACAGGCCGCCGAUGUUGACGAGGAGACAUUGAAGGAAAUUUAUGGAAAGGAACACAUAAAUAUUAUCUUCAUUGGUCACGUCGAUGCUGGAAAAUCGACGCUAGGUGGCUCUAUCUUAUACGCAACCGGCAUGGUUGACCAGCGUACCAUGGACAAGUACAAGAAGGAAGCGAAGGACUUGGGCAGGGAGACUUGGUAUCUUUCGUGGGCGCUCGAUUUGACCAGCGAGGAACGAUCCAAGGGAAAGACAGUCGAAGUUGGAAGAGGAUUCUUCGAAACCGAGAAGCGACGAUAUAGCAUUCUAGAUGCCCCUGGCCACAAGACCUACGUCCCGAGCAUGAUUGGAGGUGCUUCCCAGGCGGACGUUGGUAUUCUCGUUAUUAGUGCGCGUAAGGGAGAGUAUGAGACCGGAUUCGAGAAAGGUGGACAGACCCGUGAGCAUGCUAUGCUCGCCAAAACGCAAGGUGUCAACAAGCUUGUUGUUGUCAUCAACAAGAUGGACGAUGCUACAGUCAACUGGUCGGAGGCCCGAUACAAAGAAUGUACCACGAAACUCAUGCAAUUCCUCAAGGGCACAGGGUAUAACUUAAAGACUGAUGUCUUCUUCAUGCCCAUUGCUGCUCAACAAACCUUGGGUAUCAAGGACCGUAUUCCAUCCGAUAUCUGCCCCUGGUAUGAUGGACCAUCUCUGCUGGAGUAUCUCGAUAAUAUGCAAGCUCUUGAACGGAAGACCAACGCUCCAUUCAUGAUGGCCAUCAGCGGAAAGUACAGAGAUAUGGGUACGAUGGUUGAAGGCAAGAUCGAAGCAGGCGUCUGCAAGAAGGGCAUGACCUUGAUUAUGAUGCCGAACAAAGAAAAGGUUGACAUCGCUGCUCUUUAUGGCGAAACAGAAGACGAGAUCCAAGUUGCUCAAUGCGGUGACCAAGUGCGGAUACGGCUCCGAGGCAUUGAAGAGGACGACAUCUCCGCCGGCUUCGUGCUCUGUUCUCCAAAGCGUCUAGUCCAUAACGUCUCGGCAUUCGAGGCCCAGAUCAGGAUUCUCGAACUGAAGAACAUUCUUACCGCUGGGUUCAACUGCGUCCUGCACGUUCACUCCGCUGUUGAGGAGGUCACAUUUGCUGCGCUACUACACAAGCUGCAGAAGGGAACCGGCAGGAAGAGCAAAGUACCACCGACCCAUGCGAAGCGAGGGGAUAGUAUCAUUGCUAGGAUGCAAAUUACGGGCGGCGCUGGUUCGGUUUGCAUCGAAAGAUUCGAAGACUACCCCCAAAUGGGUCGCUUCACCUUAAGAGACCAGGGUCAAACCAUUGCUAUCGGCAAGAUUACGAAGCUUAUCACUAAUGAGACUGGUUAAAAAAGACCUAUACCAUUCAUUAAUGAAGCUUGAUGAAUACAGUCGAUACUCUGCCUAGGGACUUACCCCCAGAAGGGUACACGAGCUACGUCGGUGGAAAAAUAGCAAGUCGCCCAACUGCGCUGCUACUGAUGGAUGAUAUUAUGUCUCCAUACGUGAGAAUAAAACAAAUGGUAGCAGGGAUAAGGAAUGGCAAAGAUAGAAUUGACGAUGACCAAUAAAAGCCAUUCUUUUUCCUAGACAAAGCAUCAUCUUGUCCUUCCACAAAUCAAGUGUGCUAGGUACAACUUUUCUGACGUCCAUAAUUGGUUGCAGAAUAGAAGUGCUACCAAUCCAAACUUUUAAUCACAUUCAGGGUCUUCACAAAUUUAAUGCCCAUAGGAAGGUACGAUUCUUCCCUUGGUGACAAUGUGUUCAUAAAAUUAAGCCGGGCUGUUGUACAUCCUCCUACCUAGGUACCUAUUCCUAUAUCAAAAAUACUUCUUUCGAUCACGAAGUAUUAGGGUAAUCUAUUCCAAUGGGCAAACCAACCAAUUUCGAGGAACCGUGAAUCUUUAGAAGGCCCCCUUUAUGACAUUUAGCACAUGAUAGGC